CAGUUACAGGCGCCCGAGAAAGGGAUCUAUGAACGCGUGAGCUCACGCGUAAACUGCAAUUUAGAAACCCUCUCGAUAAAAACCAGAUAACGACGCGUAGUUUCUUGUCUGAAUCCCAAAUCCCAAAUCCGGACAAGAAAUAUCAAACUCUCUCAGUAGUUGAAGAAGCUUCCAUGUCGAACCCACUCGCGGCUUCCGGUAACGGCGAUGAAAGCUCCGGCAGCGAUAAGGAUUUGUCCGUUGCCAAGACUGCAGGGUUCGUGGUGUUCUCGGGCAUUGCAGUGAGCAUUCUUAAAACCCUAAACCCUUUCAGUAAAGACAGAAAUCAAACUACUCCGUUAGUCAGUGAGUCGACUCGGCCGAUUCCAGAUAUCUCAUCUCCGCUUCCUCCAGAGCCUAUCAUCGCCAAGAAAUCGAGUAACUGUUUGGAGCCAAAUGCGGGAGCGUCGUCUGGGAGGACAGUAGAGAUUGUGAAAGGAGAUACGCUUUGGGGUCUGUCGAGAAAAUACGAGGUUUCGAUUGAUGCAAUCAAGGAAGCUAAUGGACUUACAGGGGACACCAUUUAUGCCGGAAAGAAGCUCAUAAUUCCAUUUCCGUAAGUGAUGGAUGAAGAAAGUGGGAUGUAAUUUUGGUGUAUGACAAUGUCUCCUUAAUCUUAAGCAUUUUCAGGUUAAUUCUUCAUUUCUGGUUUUCAAAUUUCACUUUGCUUCAACCAUUGUAUAUAUUUCACGAAUAAAAUUUA